AACAGAAGUUGGAACAAGAUAUGGCGGCAACAUUGGAGGAGAUUCAUACGCAAGUCAAGAUUCCGAAGAUACUCGAGGAAUCUCACGGGCACCAUCUUCUCCAACACACGUGCACAGACGACACAGGCGGAGAACUCGCUGUGAUGGCGCAUCGGCUGCUAUCCACCGCCAUAGUGACGAAAGGCAAACUGCAAAGCCUAACGCAAAGAUUCAUCCUCUUUGAUUCUAUCUAUCUCAUUCUUACUGACGAUAGGCAACUCAGAAAACGCGAACGCUUAACGUGGGAAACAGGGCAGAAAACUAAACACGAUACCAACACUACGGCAGUCACAUCGAUAGUCGAAAAACGCCUUUCAAUACUGGACACCGUCAUCAAGGAUCUCGAAUGCGACAUGGAGCGAGCAAGGAAACUAAUCAGCAAGGAGAAGAUAGUGUUGAAAGGCAUCAGUUUCAACAAAUUCAACGAUAACGACUCCGUCAAUGCCACGCUACAGCGAAUAGAAAAACACCUAGAGAAAAUUGCUCUGAACUCCAACAAUACGGCGGAUGUUGUCCCGCAAAUGAAGAGGAAGUCAGAUGAAGAGCUAAAAGAAAGCAAUCCGAAAGAAUCCUUUUCGAUGACGACUAUAUGGACGGACUGA